GAUGCCAAGGAUGAGAUGGAGGAGAGGCUGGAGAGGUGCGUGGGCAUCGUGACGUCGCUGACCAGUGGCCUGUCAGAAAGGGAGGCCAACGAUGCCCUCAAUGCUCAUAUAUGCAAAGGAACCCCCCAGCAUGAGGAGAUCUGCCUGGGUCUCUUCACCCUGGUCCUGACUGAACCUGCCCAGGCACAGAAGUGCUACAGGGACCUGGCCCUGGUGAGCAGGGAUGGGAUGAACAUUGUCCUCAACAAGAUCAACCACAUCCUGAUGGAGAAGUACCUGAAGCUGCAGGACACCUGUCGGACACAGCUGGUCUGGCUGCUGCGGGAGCUGGUCAAGAGCGGGGUGCUGGGCGCGGACGGCGUCUGCAUGACCUUCAUGAAGCAGAUCGCAGGUGGGGAUGUGACAGCAAAGAAUAUCUGGUUGGCUGAGAAUGUCCUGGAGAUCCUGACUGAGCAGAGGGAGUGGGUGCUGAAGAGCAGCCUGCUGGUGGCCAUGGCUGUCUACACCUACCUGAGGCUCAUUGUGGACCACCACGGCACGGCCCAGCUGCAGGCCCUGCGGCAGAAGGAGGUCGACUUCUGCAUCUCCCUGCUCCGGGAGAGGUUCAUGGAUUGCUUCAUGAUUGGCCGAGACCUCGUGAGGCUGCUGCAGAACGUGGCAAGGAUCCCCGAGUUCGAGCAGCUCUGGAAGGACAUCAUCCACAACCCCCAGGUCCUCAGUGCUCAGUUCACAGGUGUCCUGCAGCUCCUCCAGUCCAGGACCUCUCGCAAGUUCCUGGCCUGUCGCCUCACUCCCGACAUGGAGACCAAGCUGCUCUUCAUGACCUCGCGGGUGCGUUUCGGGCAGCAGAAGCGGUACCAGGACUGGUUCCAGAGGCAGUACCUGUCCACCCCCGACAGCCAGUCCCUGCGCUGCGACCUGAUCCGCUACAUCUGCGGCGUGGUGCACCCCUCCAACGAGGUGCUGAGCUCCGACAUCCUGCCGCGCUGGGCCAUCAUCGGCUGGCUGCUCACCACCUGCACGUCCAAUGUUGCUGCUUCCAAUGCCAAGCUGGCACUGUUCUAUGACUGGCUCUUCUUCAACCCCGAGAAGGACAGCAUCAUGAACAUAGAACCUGCCAUCCUGGUGAUGCACCACUCCAUGAAGCCUCACCCUGCCAUCACUGCCACGCUGCUGGACUUCAUGUGCCGGAUCAUUCCCAACUUCUACCCUCCCCUGGAGGCUCACGUCCGGCAAGGGGUCUUCAACUCCCUCACCCACAUCGUGGAGAAGAGAGUCCUUGCACACCUGGCCCCUCUCUUUGACAACCCCAAGCUGGACAAGGAGCUCCGUGCCAUGCUGAGGGAGAAGUUCCCCGAGUUCUGCAGCUCUCCCUCACCCCCCAUCGAAGUCAAGAUUGAGGAGCCUGUUUCCAUGGAGAUGGACAACCACAUGGCAGAGAAGGAGGACAGUUGCUAUGACAACGCCGAGGCAGCCUUCAGUGAUGAUGAGGAAGAUUUGAGCAGCAAAGGGAAGAAGAGGGAGUUCAGGUUCCAUCCCAUCAAAGAAACCUUUGUGGAGGAACCUGUUGACAUCACCCCCUUCCUGGACCAGCUGGAUGAGUCACUGAAGGAUAAAGUCCUGCAGUUGCAGAAGGGAAGUGACACGGAAGCUCAGUGUGAGGUCAUGCAGGAAAUCGUGGAUCAAGUCCUGGAGGAGGACUUUGACUCAGAGCAGUUGUCUGUGCUGGCUUCCUGCCUGCAGGAGCUCUUCAAGGCUCACUUCCGUGGUGAGGUUCUGCCAGAAGAAAUCACAGAGGAGUCCCUGGAGGAGUCAGUGGGGAAACCUCUCUACCUAAUCUUCAGGAACCUCUGCCAGAUGCAGGAGGACAACAGUGGCUUCUCUCUGCUGCUGGACCUCCUGUCAGAGCUCUAUCAGAAGCAACCCAAGAUUGGCUACCACCUCCUGUACUACUUGAAAGCCAGCAAAGCUGCAGCAGGGAAGAUGAACCUCUAUGAGUCCUUUGCCCAGGCCACACAGCUGGGGGACCUGCACACCUGCCUGAUGAUGGACAUGAAGGCCUGCCAGGAGGAUGAUGUGCGCCUGCUCUGCUACCUCACCCCCUCCAUCUACACCGAGUUCCCAGACGAGACCCUGCGGAGCAGUGAGCUGCUGAACAUGAUCGUGGCUGUCAUAGACUCCUUCCAGCUGCAGGAGCUGAUGUGCCAUGUGGUGAUGGGUAACCUGGUGAUGUUCCGCAAGGACUCGGUGCUGAACAUCCUGAUUCAGAGCCUGGACUGGGAGACCUUUGAGCAGUACUGCACCUGGCAGCUGUUCCUGGCACACAGCAUUCCCCUGGAGACCAUCAUCCCCAUCCUGCAGCACCUCAAGUACAAAGACCAUCCUGAGGCCUUGUCCUGCCUGCUGCUGCACCUCAGGCGAGAGAAGCCCAGCGAGGAGAUGGUGAAGAUGGUGCUGAGCCGCCCCUGCCACCCCGGGGACCAGUUCACCACCAGCGUCCUGCGGCACUGGGGCCUCAAGCACGACGACCUCCUGGCUGAGCACAUCAAGUCCCUGCUGAUCAAGAACAACAGCCUGCCCCGCAAGCGCCAGAGCCUGCGCAGCUCCAGCAGCAAACUGGCACAGCUCACCCUGGAGCAGAUCCUGGAGCACCUGGACAGCCUCCGCCUCAACCUGACCAACACCAAGCAGAACUUCUUCAGCCAGACGCCGAUCCUGCAGGCGCUGCAGCACGUCCAGGCCAGCUGCGACGAAGCACACAAGAUGAAGUUCAGCGACCUCUUCUCGCUGGCAGAGGAGUAUGAAGACUCCUCCAGCAAGCCCCCCAAGAGCCGCCGGAAAGCUGCCCUGGCCAGCCCCCGCAGCCGCAAGAGCGCCGCCCAGCCUCCCAACAACGAGGAGGAGUCGGCGUCCAGCAGCGCCUCGGAGGAGGAGGACACCAAGCCCAAGCCGGCCAAGCGGAAAAGGAAAGGCUCCUCCGCCGUGGGCUCGGACAGCGACUGAGGCUCCGCCGCCCCUCGGCCCCUGCUGCCCCCGGGUCCUGCUGCAGAAGCCAUCGGUGGGAGGAGAACUCACAGACCCCCCCCCGGAUCCUGCAGUGGACUCCCACACCAGCCCCUCCCCACUUGACUUUUUAGCUCCUUCUUUUUUAAUCAACGCCUGAGGAGGGAUCAGAGUGCGACCCCCGCACACACCCAGGACCUGGCUCUAGUCCCUGCCCCCCGGGGCUGGCAGGGGCA